GUUCGUAGAUCGCUUGGUCAGCCCAGGCCAGCAAUCUGCGACGGGCGGACCUUAGGGCCCCUAUCCGCAACCAGGCCCGGCCUUUUUUAUUUUUUACUACUGUAGCAGCCCUGCUCUCGCCACUCCAGCCAGGCCUUCCCUCCGCGGUCCGACUGCCAUGGCUCCAACUGUCCCCAUACCCGCGCCCUACCGCGCCUUCUUCCUCUACAUUGAGCCCGUCAGCGCCCUCGUCGGCGCCUACUACGCCCACUUUCUGCCCUCGACAUACCUGCAGCUGACGCACCGCGCCUCAGCUCCCGCUUCAGCUGCUGCCCUGCCCACGGCCACGCAAAUCGCCCUCAGCCAGCUGGCCAACCUCUAUCUGCUGUUUGCCAUCAACGAGGCCCUGGUCCUGCGCGCCACCGCCAGUCUGCGCGUCUGGAGGACCCUCCUCUUCGGGCUGCUGCUAGCCGACCUCGGCCACCUGUACUCCGUUUCCGCCUUGGGCCCCGCCGUCUAUUGGGACGUCAAGAGCUGGAAUGCAAUAGACUGGGGCAACGUAGCCUUUGUUUAUCUCGGAGCCACCAUGCGGCUGGCAUUUUUCUGCGGCAUUGGCUUCGCGCGCUAGACAUGUGAGCGGGGCGUGGCAUUCGGCGCACGCGUAGAGAGCUCUAGAGUACUUCUCACCUUCGAUCUCACUGUUCCAUGGCGGCACGCGAGUACUCGUACGAGUAGGAGUAGAGUAAGUAGGUCGAGAAGGUGUGAGCGUCGGACACUAGCAACCUGAUUGGAUGAAUCAAAGCCUGCCCUGAAUGGAGAGGGUGGAAAAAAGGUCAAGGUGCAUCUACGUAAGAUAGACUAAGCAUCCUCCAACCACGGUACCAAAGUUCACUCGCUGCUCCGGAACCCCUGUCGGGGCGCGCGCGUGCGGAAGGAUGGAAGGCGGGGAGGAACUGGAGAAAUCCCGAGUCGUCCGACCCAAGACCGUCUGAUUUCGUCGCAGCAAACUUUCUCGCCACUGUCCCACCAACCACCACCACCACCUCCUCCACCACGAUGGCCAGGUUUGGGAUCAGAGUUUGCCGGCGGGCAGUCCGG